AUGGCAAUGGAAACCAAACGGCAGACGGAAGCCAUGAUAGCUUUCAUGGACAUCGCCUUAGAUGUUGUCCUGUUCCUGCUCAACACAGAUCGCAUUCAGAAAGCCAUUGAGAUAUUGAACGAAUGUUUGAUUUUGCUAAAUAACACCGAUCAAAACAGCAAAGACCAAUUCAUUUCACUAAUAUACACGGCCAUUUAUACUGCUCUUUUCGGCGCUUAUCGUAGAAUCUCUGACUACAUCAGUGCGGAAAGAUACGGCAUGAAACUGCUUGUCUUACUCAGCGAGACUGGUGACAGAAAAGGAGAGGCAUCAUGCUACAGAAACCUAGGUGCUGUGUUUAGGUUUCUCGGGCAAUACGACAAGGCUAAAGAGUAUCUUCAAAAAGCGCUUGUCAUCAGAACUGAGAUUGGCGACAGUGAAGGAGUAGCAGCUGACUACGGAAACCUAGGUACUGUGUUUCAUUCGCUCGGGCAAUACGACAAGGCUAAAGAGUAUCUUCAAAAAGCACUUGUCAUCAGAACUGAGAUUGGCGACAGAGAAGGAGUAGCAGCUGACUACGGAAACCUAGGUAAUGUGUUUCAUUCGCUCGGGCAAUACGACAAGGCUAAAGAGUAUUUUCAAAAAGCGCUUGUCAUCAGAACUGAAAUUGGCGACAGAAAAGGAGUAGCAGCUGACUACGGAAACCUAGGUACUGUGUUUCAUUCGCUCGGGCAAUACGACAAGGCUAAAGAGUAUCUUCAAAAAGCGCUUGUCAUCAGAACUGAGAUUGGCGACAGUGAAGGAGUAGCAGCUGACUACGGAAACCUAGGUAAUGUGUUUCAUUCGCUCGGGCAAUACGACAAGGCUAAAGAGUAUUUUCAAAAAGCGCUUGUCAUCAGAACUGAGAUUGGCCACAGAGAAGGAGUAGCAGCUGACUACGGAAACCUAGGUACUCUGUUUCAUUCGCUCGGGCAAUACGACAAGGCUAAAGAGUAUCUUCAAAAAGCGCUUGUCAUCAGAACUGAGAUUGGCGACAGAAAAGGAGUAGCAGCUGACUACGGAAACCUAGGUACUGUGUUUCAAUCGCUCGGGCAAUACGACAAGGCUAAAGAGUAUUUUCAAAAAGCGCUUGUCAUCAGAACUGAGAUUGGCGACAGAAAAGGAGAAGCAGCUGACUACGGAAACCUAGGUACUCUGUUUCUUUCGCUCGGGCAAUACGACAAGGCUAAAGAGUAUCUUCAAAAAGCGCUUGUCAUCAGAACUGAGAUUGGCCACAGAGAAGGAGUAGCAGCUGACUACGGAAACCUAGGUAAUGUGUUUCAUUCGCUCGGGCAAUACGACAAGGCUAAAGAGUAUUUUCAAAAAGCGCAUGUCAUCAGAACUGAAAUUGGCGACAGAAAAGGAGAAGCAGCUGACUACGGAAACCUAGGUAAUGUGUUUCAUUCGCUCGGGCAAUACGACAAGGCUAAAGAGUAUUUUCAAAAAGCGCUUGUCAUCAGAACUGAGAUUGGCGACAGAAGAGGAAUAGCAGCUGACUACGGAAACCUAGGUACUGUGUUUAAUUCGCUCGGGCAAUACGACAAGGCUAAAGAGUAUUUUCAAAAAGCGCUUGUCAUCAGAACUGAGAUUGGCGACAGAAAAGGAGAAGCAGCUGACUACGGAAACCUAGGUAAUGUGUUUCAUUCGCUCGGGCAAUACGACAAGGCUAAAGAGUAUUUUCAAAAAGCGCUUGUCAUCAGAACUGAGAUUGGCGACAGAAGAGGAAUAGCAACUGACUACGGAAACCUAGGUACUCUGUUUCUUUCGCUCGGACAAUACGACAAGGCUAAAGAGUAUCUUCAAAAAGCGCUUGUCAUCAGAACUGAGAUUGGCGACAGAAAAGGAGUAGCAGCUGACUACGGAAACCUAGGUGCUGUGUUUCGUUCGCUCGGGCAAUACGACAAGGCUAAAGAGUAUUAUCAAAAAGCGCUUGUCAUCAGUACUGAGAUUGGCGACAGAGAAGGUGUAGCAUUUGACUACGGAAACCUAGGUACCGUGUUUCGUUCGCUCGGGCAAUACGACAAGGCUAAAGAGUAUUAUCAAAAAGCGCUUAAUAUCAGAACUGAAAUCGGUCAUAAGCGAGGGGAGGCAGCAGAUCUUGCAAAUCUUGGAAUUAUGUUCAGAACUGCUGGAGAUUAUGAAGCUUCGGAAGUAUGCUUGGAGAAAGCUUUAUCCAUAUCUAGAGAUAUUGGAGAUAGAAGGAGCGUGUUCAGAAUUCUUCAAGAAUACGCCAUUUUGUAUUUAUUUCAAAAUAAAGUCGAAGACUCCCUCUCGUGUCUUCAACUUUGCAUUGAAAAGUAUGAGGAGCUCAGAUCUUUCUUGGGUGCCAAUGAUCAGUUCAAAACAUCAUUUCUGGAGGACUCAGGAAUAUUUCCCUACAAGCUGCUUUGCACUCUGCUUUGUGACACCGGAAAAACUCGUGAUGCUCUUUAUGUUGAGGAGUUGGGUCGAGCCAGAGGUCUCUCAGACUUGAUGGUAGAGAAGUACUCGGUUGAAACGCACAUCUCUGCUAAUCCACACUCUUGGUUUGGCAUUGAAAACAUUUUUAGAAAGAAACACAACUGUACUUGUCUGUACAUUUCUUAUUUUCACAAUCAUCUGCAUUUGUGGAUCUUGAAAACAGGUGGAGUCCUUCACUAUAGAAGAAUAUCACCUGAAGAGAGUCUAGUUCAGGCCGGGUUGCCCAAAGACUUGCCUCUGAGUGAAUUUUUGGCUAAAAAUUUCCGGAGUCUUGGUAUUUUGCCCAUUGAAGAUUGUGAAGAUCGGUCUUUAAAUAUGGUUGAAUUGCAACCUCUCUCCCCCGAACAAAAGAGCUCAGCAAGGUUGCGACUCCUGGAGGAGGGCGAGGACGAGGACGAGGAAGUCAUUUCAAGUCUAUCCUUGUGUUACAAAAUGUUUAUUGCCCCCGUUUAUGAUUUGCUUGAGGAGCCUGAAGUGAUUAUUGUUCCUGACCGCAGUUUGUACAAAGUUCCCUUUGCUGCUCUGAGUGAAAAAGAGGGAGCCGAAUACCUGUCAGAGACUCGUAGGAUCCGUGUCAUUCCUUCUUUGACGACACUCAAGAUCAUUCAAGAUAGUCCAGAGGACUAUCAUAGCAACACUGGUGCCUUGAUAAUAGGCAAUCCCAAGGUUGAUGGGCUGUCGCCCUUGCCAUGUGCAAGCAAGGAAGCGGAGAUGGUCGGACGACUGGUGGGCGUUCUCCCACUGGUUGAAGAGGAAGCAACGAAGCAGGCAGUAAUAGAGCGGAUAAGUUCAGUGAGCCUAAUACAUUUUGCUGCCCAUGGUAACGCCGAAAGGGGAGAAAUUGCCCUCUCCCCCAUUCCUUCUGUCAACAGUCGAAACGCUAUCCUACCUAAGGAAGCUUACAUGUUGACGAUGGCUGAUGUCUCACGAGUGAAAGUCAGAGCCAAACUGGUGGUACUUAGCUGCUGUCACAGUGCAAGUGGAGAGAUAAAAGCCGAGGGAGUUAUAGGAAUUGCCCGUGCGUUCUUAGGAUCCGGUGCUCGCUCGGUGUUGGUUGCGCUGUGGGCCAUUUCAGACUCAGCAACAGAGAAGCUAAUGAGUCGGUUCUACGAACACCUUGUUGAAGGAGAAAGUGCCAGUGAAUCCCUUCAUCAGGCCAUGAAGUGGAUGAGAAAAAACGGCUUGACCAAUGUGUCUGAGUGGGCUUCGUUUACGCUGAUUGGAGAUGAUGUUAAGCUCGAGUUCACAAACAGAGGUAAGACUCGGCGAGAACAAGUAUUUCAUAAAUUAAAGUUAAAUUAG